AGCCCCGCCUACCAGAGGCCGCGUGCCUGUACCUGACCGUGAGUGAGGAGGUUGGCGGGCCAUUUCCGGUGGCCAAAUUCCGGGGCAGGAGGACUGUCAGCGACCCCUUGCCUUCUAUGGGGGACAAGGCAGGCAUAUAGCAUGCUCAGCCCUCCCUCUCCUGCAGGUGGGGGGCAGUCGGAGCCUGCCUGCCGAGGGUGGAGAGGGGCUCCUCCUGCUUAGUCCCAUGGCUUUUGGCAAAGCCAGAACGUUCUAAUGAGACCCUCCCUCUACAGAGGCUCCUCUUCCAUCCCCCCGCACCUCCUUCCCCCAGAUGGGACAGCCGCUCAAGGCCCGGACCCUCCUCCCUUCACCGCACGGCCGGCAGUUCCGAGGGUUGGGGGUGGUCCCCGGCCGAGCCUGGAGACAGCCCGCGUCGCCCCUUCCCUUCAGGCCGUUCAAGACCCUCAAAUCUGUCCGCUUCCUCGGACCUGGUCAGCUUGCAGCCAGGAGCACUCGAGACGUCAAGAGCCAGACGCCUGGGGACGUUUGCCCCAGGCCCCUGCCUCGCCUGGGAUGCCCUGGCACUGCCACAUGCAUGACACCAUGGGCCUGCCACUCCUGGUCCUGCUGCUCCCGCUGUGCUGUGUCUCCGGCCUGCCCUUCUACAAUGGCUUCUACUACUCCAACAGUCUCAACGGCCGGAACUCGGGCAACGGCCACGGCGAAGGCAUCUUCAACGGAGUGAAGCUGGUGGUAGAGACGCCUGAGGAGACCCUGUUCUCCCAUCGAGGGGCCAAUGUGACCCUGCCCUGUCGCUACCGCUACGAGCCGGCCCUGGUCUCUCCACGGCCCGUGCGCAUCAAAUGGUGGAAGCUGUCCGAGAAUGGGACCCUGGAGCAGGACGUGCUGGUGGCCAUUGGGCUGAGGCACCGCUCCUUCGGAGACUACCAAGGCCGGGUGCACCUGCGGCGGGACAGGGAGCAGGAAGUGUCACUGGAGAUCCGGGACCUGAGGCUGGAGGACUAUGGGCGCUACCGCUGCGAGGUCAUUGAUGGGCUGGAGGAUGAGAGUGGCCUGGUGGAGCUGGAGCUGCGGGGUGUGGUCUUUCCUUACCAGCACCCCCGAGGGCGCUACCAGUUCAACUUCCACGAGGCCCAGCGGGCCUGUGAGGAACAGGAUGCAGUGGUGGCCUCCUUUGAGCAGCUGUUCCGCGCCUGGGAGGAGGGCCUGGACUGGUGCAACGCAGGCUGGCUGCAGGACGCCUCGGUGCAGUACCCCAUCACGCAGACCCGCCACCCCUGCGGCGGCCUGAGCCUGGCACCCGGCGUGCGCAGCUAUGGCCCGCGUCACCGCCGCCGACACCGCUAUGAUGUGUUCUGCUUUGCGGCUGCCCUCAGGGGACAGGUGUACUACCUGGAGCACCCUGAGAAGCUGACGCUGGCAGAGGCAAAGGAGGCCUGCCAGGAAGAUGGCGCCCAGAUCGCCAAGGUGGGCCAGCUCUUUGCCGCCUGGAAGUUCCGUGGCCUGGACCGCUGCGAUGCUGGGUGGCUGGCAGAUGGCAGUGCCCGCUACCCAGUGGCUCACCCGCGUUCCAACUGUGGGUCUGUGGAGCCUGGUGUCCGAAGCUUUGGCUUCCCAGACCCACAGAGCCGCAACUAUGGCGUCUAUUGCCACCGCCCACGCUAGUACCCAGGCAUCAGCUUUGUGCCCACCCCUGCCUCCUCCCCUCACGGGCUGUAUUUAUUACAUAGUUCAUUUUCCCCUUGCAGGUUGGGGCAAUUUUCAUUUUGUUUUUAUACUUUUCAACUUCAAACAAAUUUGAAUAUUAUUAUUAUUAUUUUUUGGGGGGGGUAAAUCCCAUAUUUCCAAAUCUUCCCUUACCUCAGGGGGACACCCCAGGGGUCUCCCCUUCCAGGGAUCCUUCCAGCCAGCCACCCCUCUCCUCUGGGACGUUUGAGCUUCAUGGGCUCCCGAGGAUGCUCUGCCGUCACCGAAUCUAGCCCCGCUCCCUGCCCCCAGAGGCUAAUGUCCAGAGUUGGCAGUGGAACAAGGAGCCAGGGCAUGGUGACCCUCAGUCUUGGGGAGGCAGAGGGCAUCCAGGGCAGCUCUUAGGCUCGGCUUUGGCCUUUGCAGUCUCCUGCCUUCUCUGGCUACUUCUUCUCUCUCUCUCUUUUUUUAGGGCCAUUCCUGCUGCACAUGGAGGUUCCCAGGCUGGGGGUUGAAUCAGAGCUACAGUUGCCAGCCUACACCACAGCCACAGCAACUUGAGAUCUGAGCUGAGCCUGUGACCUACACCACGGCUCAUGGCAAUGCCAGAUCCUUAACACACUGAGGGAGGCCAGGGAUCGAACCCCAUCCUCAUGCAUACUAGUCAGGCUCGUUUUUGCUGAACCACGAUGGGAACUCCCCUCUCAGGCUGCUUUAUGAAGCCACAGGCUCACAUCAGCAUGGCUGAGUCCUUAGGGCUGGAAGUGGGUCCCUAGGCCUCUGUGUGAAAUCCGAGAGAAAAGAGACAUUUCCCACUCCAUUAUUUCCCCCCUCUCUUGGUCCCCAAAAGUCUGUAUUUUAUCCUCAUUUUCCCCUAUUUGGGGAGCAGCCCUCAGGUGUGUGUACUUCUCUGGACAGUAAAUGGUGCUGUGACCCCUCCCCGCCCUCCUCCUCCUGGUGUCACUCUAGUUCACUCAAUCUCAGGGCUUGGCUCCCUGCCCAGUGGGCAAGGGGGACAGUUGUGUCCUAGACGUCCAAGGCUGGCUGGGUCUGUGCACUGGGCUGUACCUUCAGGCUGCCUCAGGGGCUGGCCUAGCAGCUGGAGGCCACGGCUCGCUUUCUCACCAGCCCACUCCCUGGCUGUGUUUCUGCGUGGGCCGUGCACAAGCCUGGGAGCUGCCUUGUGGGAGACCCGAGGAAGCUGUGCCUUGCAGAGGAGGCACCCUCUGGCCCCACCCCUAUGCCACCCUCUGGGAACCAGACCUUUUGCUGCUGGCACAGGCACAACUCUGCCACCCAUAGUCAAUCCCUUGGUCAAUCUUUCACGGAGCCCAGUGCUUCUCGAAGUGUGGCUGGUGGCACCAGCUUCACCUGGGAAUGUGUUUCAAAAUGCAGAUUUCUGGAGUUCCCGUGGUGGCGCAGUGGAAAUGAAUCAGCCUGGGAAUUGUGAGGUUGCGGGUUCGAUCCCUGGCCUCGCUCAGUGGGUUAAGGAUCUGGUGUUGCUGUGAGCUGUGGUGUAGGCCGCAGAUGCUGCUCAGAUCAGGCGGCUGCAGCUCUGAUUGGACCCCUAGCUUGGGAACCUCCAUGUACCGUGGCGGUGGCCCUAAAAAGACAACAAAGGAACAGUCAAAAUGUAGAUUUCUGGACCCCACACCAGACCUGCAGAGUCAGACACUCUGGAGCGGGGUCAAGCGCGAGCCCUCUUGAUUCUGCUACAGGCUCCAGGUUGGAAACCAACGACACAGUUGUGUUCCCGAGGAAUCACUUAAAUCAGUAAAUUGCUGAAUUAUUGAGUUCUUACUAAGGGACCAUGGCUACGCCCUCAAUUUUUGUGUACUGAUUCUUUUGUGGAUCCAGGUAAUCUCACGGACUCAAACUGGCACGCAUUAACCAACACCCACACCCCUUCACCAACAGGCUCAACAGCCCCCUGAGCAAGUGUGAUGAGAAACGUUGCUGACCUGGCAUCCUGGGGGGAACUGGCUGCCUGGCACGCAUGCUCCAGCUCCUCUAAGGUCUUCUGGGGAAAUCCAUAAACCAUUGAAGUCUUUUUUGUUGACAUCCCACAGCCUACUUAAGGGCGGGAUGCCCAGAUUUUUGUAGGGGCCAGCUGACCAAUUUACCUAAAAAUGUGUCAGCAGGAUUCACUAUUCCCAAGCUGUCUGCAGUUUUUUUCCUUCCCUCUUAUAAAUCCUGAUUUUUUCCCUCUCUUCUUGGACUCACUCUACCAAUGGACUCCUCCUAUGUGAACAAACAGUGUCAAUCAGAGGACCAAGCUACGAAAAGUGACCAGAUGCCUCAUUCAAGUUGUUCUUUGAAGCCUGCCAACUGGCAAAUGCACACGCAAUGCCUGUUGGUUGUCACUCUGUGUGUGUGUAGUGUGUGUAUAUAUUACACACACUCUGCGUGUGUGUAUAUAUUAAUACACACAUACAUAGAAUCUAUCAUACAAAUGGCCACCCUCAUAAAAAUAAAGCACUGCAGGUGUGGCUUCCCAAGCUUUCUGAUCAGGCCAGAUUUGCACGAAUUUGGGGUCAUUUGAUCAAAGUGUGUCCCCACUGCCCCCAUUCCUAAGAGCUCCUUCAUGGCUAAGAUGUCCAAGAGCCCCUGGACCAUGGCUACCUUUUCAUUAAAUUUACAAAAAGAAGGGAAAAGAAAAG